CCGAGGAGCCCGACGCCGCUACGCCGCUCCUCCGAGACGAAAACCCACGGCGACGAGUAAUCCGCGUUCGCACCGGGCGUGUGUUUGUGUGUGCUUCAGUGGGUGAAAACAGUGCGUAUGAGCGAUUUUCGGUGAGCCAGAACCCAAUGUGUUGCAAAAACCGGGCGGAACUUAAAGUCGCUGGGUAAACACACAGGACAAAGUCGGUAAAGCUGUUACGGGCUGCGAGCUCCGGGUCUCGGUUACUUCCAACAAAUUGAAUAAACACACGGCCAGAGAGCAAAGUCGAAAGUGCACAAAAAAAGAUACAGCAGAUUCGCAAGGCAGUUGCGAAAAUCCAAGGCAAAAAUAAGCACAAACAUCAACCGGAAAUCAACUAAAUUGUCGUCACUCCAAUCAAGUGGAAAUUUGAUUAAAAAAAGGGAGCAACGGAAGCGAGAACAGAGGAAAAUUUGAUAAAUUUCGAAAAGGCAAUAGACGCGACGAGUUGGCGAAGGAAAUGCCGAAAAGUGCGAGUCUAUCAAAGGUGAAGCGACAAAGGAAAUCAACACGCACGCACAUGAGCGAGUUUUUAGCACGGCUACGGCGUCCCAUGGUAAAACAUUAAAAAUCAGCGGAGUGUAAAACUUACACAAAAGCUCGCAAAAACUCUAUAUAAAAAUAAGUGAACGAAAAAGCGAAAUAACAAAUAGAAGCUGCAAAUAACGAAUAAAAACAGAAAUACAACACAGAGUUACAAAGUGAGAGAACAGUUUUUAGUGCGAAAAAAAUUAAAAGAUUUAAGCUGGGAAAAACUAAGCCACAAAUAAAAGAAGGAGCGCGAAGAGCUGAGCACAAUAAGAACGUGGCAGCUGACGGCCAGGACAUAUAAACGUCUUUUCUGGAGCACGAAAUUAAGUGCAGAUUAUCAGAAGAUUAUAUUUUAAUAGCAUUUCAAGCUGUUUCCCUUUGCCAACAAGGACCAGACAGGAUAGCGUAAGGACUGCCACAACACCGAGGAAGAACGGGGAAGAAGGCUGACCCCAGUGUGUUGUGUGUGUGCUUGGUGUGUGCGCUACAAGUGCGGCUUAUUGCAUGAUUACCGCCAAGGAUUUUUUGCCAGCCUCUCUCUAUUUCGGAGUGUCCUGUGGGGGUCCGGGGAAUAGAUAAGCAAACAGCACAUACAAGCGUGCCAGAAAUUGAAAUUAAAGAAGGAAUUAAGUGUCGCGAGUGUGAGUGUCGUCGGGCUAAAUAAUAAAUAUUUUGUGUGCCAGUGUGUCCUGUGAGUGUGUUGUUUGUACACUAAAACGCCGAAUAUCGCGUAUACGCCUCUGGCACAGAGACUAUCGAAGGCACAGCAGAGAAAAAUAGCAACAGAAUUAACCCAGUCGAGACCGGGGAGCAGCAGAGAAAUAGAGAAGAGCAACGGAGAACUGGAGAACUGGAGAGUUGGAGAAUUGGAGCGUGAGGCCAAACUAAACAGCAGAUCUGUUACGAAAACCCAAAAAGUCAACCGAAACCAAUUUCGCAGUCAGAGUCAGUGGGGGACCACCGAUUUCAAGUUAUUAUAGACAAACAACCGGCGUCGACUAAGCCAAGUCUAUUAACAGAGCAAACAAAGGCAAGCCGCCAUAGAAAGCCACUGCGGAGGAGUCGUCAGAAUCACCAGAAAGUAUCCAGAAUCCAGAAUCCAGAAUCGAGUAAAAGGAAAAUCCAACAGAACUCAGCGAAAAGGCGAAAGAAUGUGAGCCAAAAGCCGGCAAUGAGAAGGCCAAAACGACAAGAAGGGGCGCAAACGCCACAAUUGAAACAGUUAGCUGGCAAAUCGGAUUGCGAAUCAGCUGUAUAUUGACACAAGGAAAUCGUUAGAGCCGGCUUAGCCCAGCAAAGAGGCCAAAUUUAAAAUUAAAAAUAUAUAUAUAGAGCAGGCAGCAGCGCGACGGAAUCGGAAUCAAAGUGAUAUGCUAAUGCCAAGGAGCAGUCAGCGAGUGUGGCAUGAAUAUUUCAUGAGCAGCGAGCAGUGAGCACCCCGAGCUAACCCCCCUCUCGAUGACAAUAAGCCGGCUCCGGGAAUAGCAAACAGUGAGAAAGAGUGAAACCGGGCAACACGAUGACGGAGCUAAGACGGGCUAAUGGCCUCCACAAGCAGCCCUCGCUUAGAGGCGAUCGCCAGGUGCAUCCCCUGCUGCACUCGCUGGCGGAUCACGGCUGCAACCUGAGCAGCGGCGGCAACAGUGCGGCCAGCACCACCAGCAGCAGCACGGCCACAGCGACCACUGCUCUCGGCGGAGGUGGAGGAGGAGCUGGUUCCGGUGGAGGAUGUGGCCAGGGAGCUGCGGUCACCGCCCAGCGCAGCGUGGAGUUUGACGAGCACGACAUCUUUUACGUCUCGCCAUCCAAGCGAAAAGGAGCCACAACAGGUUCCUCCGGCAAUGUGGUCACCUUUUCUAAUUUCGUGAGCGAGCAGCGCCUGACGCCGUCGUCGUCGAACCGCGGUUCCCUCAAGCGGAGCAAGGGUCGCUCCAAUCAAUCCUUGUGCAGCUGCGACGCCGGGGAUGAGGCCCAGCUGGAUCUGCAACCGAAUGCGGCCAGACCCUUGUACGAGUACAGUCUGGAACGCAAGCGUAAGACGCACACCUACAGCUGCGAGCAGAACGCACAGAUACUCAUGAGACUGGAGCGCGAGCGUAAUCGUAAAUUAUCGCUGACUGGCAUGGAAACGGGAUUGGGAAUCGGAUUGGGAGUAGGAUCGGGAUCUGGAGUGGGAUUUGGAGGCGGGGGCGGAGACCCCAGCCAGAGUGACACGCCCAGUUUGUCGGAUGUAGAUGUCAUACCGCCUGUGCCGCCACCGCCGUCGAUUUCGAUGAAGCGCAAUGGCAGCAUGCGGAGCCUGCGAUUGCUGCAACAUCUGCAGCAGCUGCAGCAGCACAGCAACGACAGCAGCAGCAGCAGUGGCAACAACAACAAUCACUUGUCCCAGCUGUGCAGCAGCGAUCUCCUGCAGGAGUGCACCAAAUCGGCGCUGGACGAAUGCACCGCCACGCUGCUCAAGUGCACCACCACGACCAGUAACCACAGCGGCAGUAGCUUUGGCAACAACAAUCAGUCGGCCGCCAAGCCAGAUCUCUGCCAGCCGCCGGGACAUGCCCACAAUCACAGGCACAAGCUGCCGCAGACGAUGCCUCCUCAGAACCCACAUCAGAACCUACAGAGCCUACAGAACCCGCCGCCACAGCAGCCACCGCCCCCCUUUGCCGCUCACGAAGAGGACGAGAUCUUUUCACCACAUUCGAAGAAAUCGGAUCCCAGUCUGUGCUUUUUGUCGUCGUCGAAAUACAAUACCAUUGGGCCUAGCAGCGACUAUGCCAGACACUUGGCGCACUAUAGUCGCUACCUGCAGAAGCAGCAUCAUCAGCAGCAGAUGGCACACUUCCAGCAGCAGCGAUGUCGAUGCUUCUCCCAGUCCCUGCUCAGUUUUCCCCAGCAGCAGCAGCAAGAGAAUCCUCACCAGAACUCGCAACAGCAACACCCCAAUCCACAGCAACAGCCGGCAAUAUUUCACACCAGCAGCAUGGACUGGACACUGCCAGUUAAUAGUCGCAGCUUUAACAACCUGGUCAACAUCGAUGGGGGUGGCGGAGGAGUAGUACCUGGGAGCGGCUCUUGCCGCGUUCCCUACCAAAAAAUGUCAACCAAUGCAUCGGGGUUGGCCGCAUCCUCCACAUUCACACUCUCCUCCUUCGACAGUGACAUGGGGCAUGGCCUCAAAGAGCGCGAAUCGCAGACCUCGCUGCAUCAUCUGCACUCGCAUCCACACGCGCAUCAGCAUCAGCAUCCUCAUCAUUAUCACGCGGGCGGAAUGGGAGGAGUUGGUCCGGGCCCCAGUUCGGGCUCGGUUACGCCGCAAAAGCAUCACCAGCUCCACUCGAGCGUCACGAGCAUCAUGCCCUGGAAGCACCGCCAGUGUCCCAGCAGGGGAUCCUCCAGCUCCGGCACAAACUCGUUCCGAUUCGAUGCUGCCAAGCACUGGCUGGCUGUGAGCUCCAUCCUCCUGAUAAUUGGCGCUGCCAGUGUGGCCGUGCCACUGGCGCUACGUGUGGCAGCAAGUGCCCCAUUCGAGGAGAGACUGCGCGUGGCUGUUCAGCUGCUGGAUCAAGUGCCCUUAAUCGACGGGCAUAACGAUUUACCUUGGAAUAUCCGCAAGUUCCUGCACAACAAACUCAACGACUUCAACUUUGAUGAGGAUUUGCGCAAUGUAAUGCCCUGGGGCCGCAGCCAUUGGAGUCACACGGACCUCACGCGACUGAAGAAGGGACGCAUAUCAGCACAGUUCUGGGCCGCCUAUGUCCCCUGUGAGGCGCAGCAUCGCGAUGCAGUGCAGCUGACUCUGGAGCAGAUUGAUGUGAUCAAGCGGCUGACGGAUCGCUACUCCCCGCAGCUAACCACCUGCACCUCGGCUCAGGACAUUAUCGAAGCUCACAAGAAUCAGCAACUUUGCUCUCUGACCGGCGUGGAGGGCGGUCAUUCGCUCGGAGGAUCCCUGGCAGUACUACGCACCCUGUAUGCCAUCGGAGUGAGGUACAUGACGCUCACCUCCACCUGCCACACCCCCUGGGCGGACUCAAGUUAUGCGGACGCCCCGACCUUUAACAUGAAGCACGGCGGCCUCACCAUAUUUGGCAAGACAAUCAUCCGCGAAAUGAAUCGACUGGGGAUGAUGGUCGACCUGUCGCACGUCUCCAAGGGAACGAUGCGGGACGCCCUUGAGGUGAGCGAGGCCCCUGUGAUAUUCUCGCACUCCUCAGCCUACGAGCUAUGCAACACGAGCCGCAAUGUCCAGGACGACAUCCUGCAGGCCCUGGCCAAGAACGGCGGCCUGGUCAUGGUCAACUUCUAUUCGAAGUUUCUCUCCUGCAGCGACAACUCCACCGUGCACGAUGCAGUCGCGCAUAUUAAUCACAUUAAGCGAGUCGCCGGCAUCGAUCACGUUGGACUGGGCGCCGGCUACGAUGGCAUUAAUUACACCCCCAAGGGGCUGGAGGAUGUCUCGUCGUAUCCGACCCUCUUUGCCGAACUCCUUGGCGGCGGCUGGACAAUUGAUGAACUGACAAAGCUGGCAGGUGGCAAUUUUCUCCGGGUCAUGCAGCAGGUGGAAAAGCUGAGGGAUGACAAGAAGGCGUCGGGUGUCAAGCCUUUCGAGGAUCAUCCGAAUUUCCGCACCGAUGACCCCUACAACUGCACAUCCAGCUAAUUGAUCAGUACCGGACUUAAGCACCAGGUCGUACCAGAGAUGCAAGAAAUCGAAUGAAUCCCGCUUCAUAUGAUGUAUAGUGGCUUAUAUGAAACAGCAACUUUCUAAAAACUAAUUUCCAGUAAGCUAAGAUUUGUAUAAGCUUUAAGUACGUGUAAUUGUAAGAUAUAUAUGGAUCUUUAAGAGCCCAAUUCUUUGGCUGACAAAGUAAUUUCCUCCCCUUUCCCCCUUGGUAACCGAAGACGAAUUUCUUUUCAUUUUAGUGACAAUCUACAGACUGCCAGAAAAACAAACCAAAAAAAAAUUAGAAACUUUACUAUAAACAGCACACGAAGCCCACAAAAAACUUUCUAUGACCAUUUUUAUACCCUGAAAAUAGUAAACCAGACUUUGUUGUAACUCUCAUCCAAACUGGACCAACAAGAAUUCAUUUGGUACCCCUCUUCAUUUGAAUUAUAUUCCACUAAUUUACACGAAAACUACAUAUCAAGUAUGUAUUAAAUAAAGAAACCAAAAAAUUAUAUUGAAUUAGU